UUCUCGCGGUAACGUUAGUAUACUGUUAGCUUUGCUAGCUAACCCCAUCGUUUCCAGGUUUUGUGUCGACUUAAAAAAACAGCCAACCGAGAGAGACACAGGAAGGCUACUUCGCCGAAUACUUUCUAAAUCCCGGCUGCACCGAGGAGUGGGACAAUGCCGCACAGCUUCCAGCCCGGAGACCUGGUUUUCGCUAAAAUGAAGGGGUACCCCCACUGGCCAGCCAGGAUUGAAGAUGUGGCUGAUGGGGCAGUGAAACCACCUCCGAAUAAAAUCCCAAUUUUCUUUUUUGGGACACAUGAGACGGCAUUCCUUGCAGCAAAGGACCUUUUUUCCUAUGAAAAGUACAGCGAACGCUAUGGAAAGCCAAACAAAAGGAAGGGGUUCAAUGAAGGUUUAUGGGAGAUCCAGAACAAUCCACAUGCCUCCUACAGCGCCCCGCCAGCACAGUUAGGGAGUCCUGAUGCCCAGCAGUCUAAGCCGGCCAGCUCAUCUGACAGUGAGGACAACGAAGCUGGAGGAGGAAGUGAUGAAGACGACGAUGAGGAAGAAGCAGCCCCAGUGCCUCAGAAAGCAGACUCAGCAAGUGAGGUGGACUCCGAUUCUGGGAGUGAAGAUGAAGGAAGGGUAGCAGCUGUGAAGAGAAAGCCACCUCCUGCUAAGCGGCCUCCGCCUCCAAAGAAGGCUCGCGGCUCGUCCAGUGACCGAGAUAAGCAGGAGAGUGGAUCUGACUCAGAACCCACACCUUCAGAGUCAGAGUCCGGCAAGAACAGCGAUCAGGAUUUUACUCCUGAGAAAAAAGCAGGCGGACGAGGGGGGAAGAAAGCAGGAGGCAGAGGGAAGAAAAAGGGUAUGUCUGGCUCGGACUCGGACUCAGGAUCAGGGUCAGAGAAGAAAGUAGCGGACAGCGACUCGGAGGACGCUAAGCCUCGCCCGGCUCUGUCCGGCUCUGAGUCUCAGUCUGGCUCAAAGUCCGAUUCAGACUCAGACCCUCCUCCUAAAAAGGCCCCACAGGCACGCAAGAAAGCACCCACAGAGAAGCCCGCACCAAAGCCUCGUGCACGGAAACCCAAAGCCAAACCCGCCCCCGCAAAACGAGCACCUCCAUCUUCAUCCGACAGCGACAGUGACAGUGACACCGACCGCAUCAGUGAAUGGAAGAAACGAGACGAGGAGCGCAAGCGAGAGCUGGAGGAGCGGCGGAAAAAAGAGGAGGCAGAGGAGCUCCGCAGGCUACGUGAGCGGGAGAAGGAGGAAGAUGAGAAAAAGAAAAAAGAGAAAGAUAAGGGUAAAAAGGGGAGCGACAGUGACAGCGACAACAGCUCAGAUCCAGGUGUAGAGGAGCAUCCAUUGAAGAAGUCCAAGAAACCCCCUCCAGCCCCGAUCCCUGCUCCCUCAGACUCUGAUUCUCCGGCACCUGAGUCUAAGAAGUCAUCCAAGAAGCAAGACAACCAGAAGAAGGCCCGAAUAAAGAAAGAGAAGGAGAGGAAAGAGAGGAAGGAGAAAGAGCUUAAACAAAAGAAAGCCAGACGGUCAGAAGAGAAGACCAGAGCGAGGUCUAAGCCGGAAAAACCAAAACGCAAACCGGAGAGGCCGCCAGAGAAGAAAGUGGAAAAGAAAAAGGAGGCAUCACCAGAUGAAAAGCUACAGAAACUUCACACUGACAUAAAGUUUGCACUCAAAGUGGACAACCCCGACAUAGACCGGUGUCUACAGGCUCUGGAUGAACUUGCUGCUGUCCCCGUCACCAGCCAGAUCCUCCAUAAGAACGCUGAAGUUAUUGCCACACUAAAAAAGAUUCGGCGGUAUAAGGCCAGUAAUGCAGUCAUGGAAAAAGCCACUGAGGUUUACAACAAGUUAAAACUUCGCGUUAUGGGAAAGUCGGAGGAGGCAGCUAAACCUCAAACAGAGGACAAGGAACAAGAGAAUAAUGAGAAGGAGACACAAAACACAGACUCCGCUCCAGUGAAUGGGGAUUCAGAAGUGAAAAAAGAUGAUAUGGAUGGAGUGGAAAAUCCAAAAUCACCAGCCAAUGAGGAAAAUAAUGACGAUACUGCUUCAAGUCCAAUCAGGCGGAGCCCAGAGAGCCCUGCUGAACCACAGCUUCACACGUAUGAAGAGGCAGACAAAUCCAUCUCUGCAGAGACGGAACCGCCGGCUGUAGAAAGCUGAAAGGCUUGAAGCCCCAGUGCAGUGGACCAAGUGCUGAAGAUGGUGGCCUCUCUGUUCGACGUCAUGACGUGCCCCCUACGUUUCCUACACUAUCUGUUACGUCAAUGUUGAUUUAUAGACAUUUUGUACUAUAUCAAACGAGAAGGCCCGUGUUGCUCAAUCCAUUUGGUCCGUUAUUUAUCACGACAAGAGGAAAGCUUAUUAGUGUGGUAGUUUGUGUUCCUGCGCAGACUCCUUUUUAUUUCAGAAAAUGUCCUUUUUGUUUUAUACAACACACGACCCGUCCUGGGUCUUCCCCCUGUAUUCCUGCUACUCUGUUCUUUCUACCAUAUGAACCCUUAAUCUGAUCUGUCACACGGUUUGUAUAUUGAAUGAUUACGUUUUUAGCACUUCUAACCUGAAUUUAGGCGGGGGUUGUAUGAGAGGAAACUUCGAUAAUCUUCUUGGGGAAAUGGAGCCAUGCAGUUAAUUUUUUUUCUAUUGGAAGAUUUUGUGCAUCCUUUACAUCUGUGGGCUUCAUUUUUAUAAAGCCUACAAAACAUCACAAAGGCCUCCUGUCUGUGUAUGACAUUGUGAGAGUGGUAAAGUACUAUAUGUGAGUCUUUUAUUUUAAGCUUUUUUUAUUAUUAUUAUUAUUAUCUGGUCUUGAUCCAGUUAAUCCAGUCUGAAAAGUCAAUAAUUGAGUCACUUAAACAUGUUAUUCAAAUGAGGUCCACCCUACUUUUUUAUAGCCUUGUUUGCAAAUAUCUGCAUUUACAGUUUUGUCUAAAAUAACAAUUGCUGUGGAGUUAAACACCCUGCACUCUCGUCUCCCCAUAGUGUCUGCUUUCAGUAACUUGCGUAAUAAAUGGAAUAACUGUACAGAUUGAAAACUGCCCUUAAAAUUAUUGAGAUCUCAUGUAGCUGCAGCCUAUUUUGACAUGUCCCUGUCUUAUGCAUACAACAGGUGUUUUUAGUGCUAUGUAAAUUGGUAAAGCAUUUCUAUGACUUAGUUGAGACUUGAAUAAAAAUCUCAGCAUGG